CCAGGGCGAAGGUGUGCGUUUGAGUUUCCAGCAGGGGGCAGCAGCGGAACCUGCGUUGCUGCGUACAGAACGACAGUGAGCGAACGGGUUAACCUGUACCUGCCCGUGUCGCUCUGAAGCGGUGGAUACGUCCGCUUUCCCCAGUUAUUCAACUCGCCUUGGAUUGGAAGUUUGACAGUGAGGUGUUUAUGUACACUUUAUGGAGUCGCCAGCCGCCCGUGCCGAGCAGCCAUCUGAUAUAGACAGUGCAGAGGCCUCUGCCCCUGUGCCACAAUUUGAAGAAGAGAACAAGACCCUGACAGAAGACAGCAGAAACCAGACCUCUCAGCAGGCCACUGCUCCCACAAAGCAGUUAUGCCGCUUCUACUCCCAGGGCCGCCGCUGUUACUAUGGAAAGAGAUGCCACUUUCUUCACCAGAAGACUGCACCCUCAGAGGCACUGGGGAGCCUCGAGAACAGGCCUGACCCCAAAUCACAGUGUGUAGAUAAGGAAAACACUGCUUAUGAUAAUUGUUCAGUUCCUCAGCGGCAGUCAGACAUGUGUGUUGGUUGUGAGAAGGAGCAUUCACUCCCUUCUAACCCAGGGGCUUCUUCUGCUAAGCAGACACGUGCCCGGAAGCCCUGCCGCUAUUUCAUGUCAGGGUUCUGUGCUAUGGAAGACCGCUGUCGCUUCUGGCAUCCACAGCAGUUUCCACCAGUGGAGGACCAGCCUGUGGUAUCGAGGGAAAGUGGUGGGUCCAGACCACCGGCCAGCCGGCCUCCUAAAAUUCUGGAGCAGGUCAGACUGGCUGAUCUAACUCAGGAGAUGUCUAAGAAACUCAGGGACACUGAGAUCUCCCAGCUGAUGAAGAGGUUCCCUAAGGACAAGCUCAUAGUACAGGAGAGAGAGGAUGGCCAGCUGACCUAUUACCGAGUCACUGUGGAAGCCACAGAUCCAGAAUGGCCUUAUGACUUAAAAGAAGUGGAAAUCAUGGUUAGCUUCCCUGAGAACUAUCCUCAAGAGGUGUUUACUGUAGAUAUUCCAGAGGACCAGCACUUGCCAUCAGUAAUGGGGAGACACAUACAGUUGGCAUCACAAGAGUGGCUGCAAGCCAAGCACGCUACCAGCCAAUUAAUGGGUAAGGUGGAGCUGCUCUUCCGGCCAUACCUGCGCUGGUUGGACCGCAGCAUGGAGAGACUCUUCACUGAAGGAGCUAGACAGCUGAAAAAAGACAUUGAGCUGGAGAGAGCUGGAAUACAGUUCGUCCCCUAUGAGCAACUCCAGGCAGCGGUAUGUAAGAACACCAGUGUUGGGCCAGCUGAGCAUCCUGAGGCUUCACCCUCUGGAGAUUCACUGGCAAUGGAAUCAAAGGAGGAAAAGGAGGCUGAAGUUAAGGCUAUAAGAGAGGAAGAGGUGGAGCAGGACGAGCUCGGUAGUGAUGGGGAGGGUGGGAGCCGACAGGUGGACAACAUCAAAAGCAGUGAGCCACGGAAGGGUACUGAGGUCAAACUGCUGGGCCUGAGGCUUGGCGAGGGCACAGCUACUGUGGUGGCCAAACAGAUUACUGUGUCUCUGCAGUGCAGUAGGUGUAAGGUGACCUCUGAUCUUACCCUGAGCAGCCGGCUGACCUACACAGCCCAGUGCGAGAAGUGCGGGGCAGGGAUUGGUGCCGCAUUCAGACCCAGCAUCAUCCACCACUACAGCGACGUGUUAGGCUAUCUGGACCUGAAAGCAGCUGUUCCCAUGGACCUGGUACUGCAAGACUGCCAGCUGAUUGUUGGAUGCCUUGGGUGCAACAAAGAAGACACAAUUCAGAGUUUGUCCUAUGGACAGAACAAGGAAACAAACUGCCACCACUGCCACAGCAAACUCAGCAUCUUUGUGGAGGCCACACGUUUUCAGUACAUCCAGCCUAAGACAAGAAAUCAGACAGCUGAAGAAUCUGCUCAAUAUAGUCGACGCUUUAUAAGAGACCCUGCAGUUCAAGCAGGAAAACCCCUUCCCAGCAAAGGUGCCUGCAAGCACUACAAACAAAGUCAUCGCUGGCUAAGGUUUCCCUGCUGCGGCCGGGCUUACCCCUGUGAUCUUUGCCACGACGAGGACCAGGAUCACCUUAUGGAGCUGGCAACCAGAAUGAUCUGUGGCUUUUGUGCCAAAGAGCAGCCAUACAACAAUGGCAAGCCGUGUGAGGUGUGCAGAAGUAUGAUGACCAGAUCAACUUGCACAAGCCACUGGGAGGGAGGACUGGGGUGCAGGAACAAGGUUAAAAUGAGCAGGAAUGAUCGUCAAAAAUAUGUCAACACCUGUAAAACAGUGUCAAGGAAAGCAAGCAGUGAGAAGAAGUAGACCAGAACAAAGAAUCACCAAAAUCCUAGCAAUCAAAUAAAAAUAGACCAUUGGAUUGUAA